CUGUUCAACGCAUUCAUGCAUGCAUGUUUUUUUCCAAACUUGUCCAUUUUGGAACCGUGUUUUUGAUUAUUCAACAAUGGAUCAAUUUGAUGAUAAAACUUAUGAUAUCCAUAAUGUAUUGACAACAUUACAAAAAAGUGAAUCAAUUGGUGAAUCAAUUCUUAAUGAUCGUACGGAAAUUAUCAAUUUGGAUCGAAUACGACAAAAAAAUCGUGAAGCAUUAACUGCAAUUAAAAAUCAUUAUAAUCAUGGUGAUGAUGAUGACCAAAAUAUUUAUAUUUGUAUGGGUAAUAUGUUUAUAAAACAUCCAAUAAAACGUGCACGUUCAUUAAUUCAACAGGAUCAAAAUAAUGUUAAUGAACAAAUUGAAAUUUUACAUAAAAAUGUUAAAAAUAAUGUUGAAAAAAUCAAUGAAUUAGAAGGAAAAUCUGAACAAUUUCGUACAUUUAAUUUGAAACCAUUAACAUCAUCCGAAAUGAAAAGUUUUAAUGUUAUAUUAGAUUCAAUCAAAAAAUUGGAUUUAUAAAUCAAAGAAAAAUGUUCAUUUAAAAAAAACAAUUGAAUUUU